AUUUUUCUCCAACUCUUGCCUUCAGUUCUAUCAUCCAUUGUUUGAUAAUACUUGUGUUUGUUUGUGGGGAGGGGGAUUGUUGAGAUGGGUCUAACUGGUAAGUUGGUAAGGCAAGUAGAGAUCAAGUCUGAUGGGGAUGUGUUCCAUGAACUCUUUAGAGCCAAACCACACCAUAUCUCCACCAUGUCCCCUGGUAACAUACAUGGCGUUGAUUUGCAUGAAGGUGAUUGGGGACAUGUUGGCUCUGUCAUUUCUUGGAACUAUACUCAUGAUGGGAAAAAGAAGGUUGCUAAGGAGGUUGUCGAAGCAAUAGAUGAGGAAAACAAGUCAGUGACCUUCAAGGUUAUUGAUGGAGAUCUCACAGAGCUGUACAAGGCAUUCAAAGGCACUGUCCAUGUCGAUACGAAGGGCGAAAACAACUUGGUGACCUGGACUCUUGAGUAUGAGAAGAAGAGCGAGAAUGCUGAAGAUCCAAAUACGUUGAUGGAUUUCGUCAUCAAUGUCACCAAAGAUAUUGAGACUCACCAUCUCAACCGUACCGGUACGCGUACCCGCACCCGGGUUGAUUUGCAUGAAGGUGAUUGGGGACAUGUUGGCUCUGUCAUUUCUUGGAACUAUACUCAUGAUGGGAAAAAGAAGGUUGCUAAGGAGGUUGUCGAAGCAAUAGAUGAGGAAAACAAGUCAGUGACCUUCAAGGUUAUUGAUGGAGAUCUCACAGAGCUGUACAAGGCAUUCAAAGGCACUGUCCAUGUCGAUACGAAGGGCGAAAACAACUUGGUGACCUGGACUCUUGAGUAUGAGAAGAAGAGCGAGAAUGCUGAAGAUCCAAAUACGUUGAUGGAUUUCCUCAUCAAUGUCACCAAAGAUAUUGAGACUCACCAUCUCAAGUAAUAGACACCUUCGGGUGUAUGUGUGUCAAAUGUCAAUCUUAUCAUCUAAUAAUUGCAGUGUGGUGAAGCUUCUAAGUGUGUAAGAUAAAAUAAAUAAAUAAGUGAAACUUCUAAGUGAGUGUGUAAGAUUAAAUAAAUAAAUAAGUUAACUCUUUUCUCUAAUAGCUUAA